UCUAACGUAACGUUUGUCGACAGAAAUUGGGGGUUUCUAUGACAAUAUGUCAAAUAGUGAUAUAUUCUUUUUUUGGUGAACAAUUGUGUCGGAAAUUAUUAAUUCUAAAAUUUUACAUUAUUAGCUAUAAAAUCAUCGUGGAAUAAUUAAGUGGAACAUUAGCAAUGCCGAUUGGAAAAACAGAAUCGACAUUAGAGAGUGUGGAUAACAACUGGAAUGAGAAUGCGGAGCUUGACCGUGCAGAUACUUACAUGCAGAGGAAUGAUGGUAUCGACAACCCUGCUUUUGCGGAUAGCAACGAAGCCAAGACUGGAGACGCUGGUUCGGAAGAGGAUGAGGAGGACGUGUGGAAACUUCCGGAAUUCCAGCAGGACUACACAAGCUGGUCAGAUCUGAGUGUCCGGGGGAAGGUCGUCCGGGUACUGUGGCAUUACAUCGGCAAGCUGAUCCUGCUGCUGGGCUUCCUCUACGUGUUCAUCUGCUCUCUCAGUUUCCUCGGGGACGCCUUUCAACUCCUUGGAGGCAAGGCUGCUGGACGGGCCUUCUCGGAGAACAAAAUCCUUUCGAACCCCGUGGCAGGCCUCAUGAUUGGUGUCCUAGCAACCGUGCUCCUCCAAAGCUCCUCAACCACGACCUCAAUCGUCGUCUCCAUGGUCGGUGGCGGCGGACUGUUGUCCGUACACCUGGCGAUCCCGAUCGUCAUGGGAGCCAACAUCGGCACAUCCGUCACCAACACGAUCGUCUCCAUCGGCCAGAUCACAAACAAGAACGACUUCCGGCGCGCAUUUGCAGGAGCCACCGUCCAUGACGCCUUCAACUGGCUCUCUGUGCUGAUUCUACUGCCACUUGAGGUUGCAACAGGCUACUUGGAAUUGGCAAGCGAGGCGAUGGUGGACUCGUUCCAUCUACAGUCCAGCGGGAAGGGCAAGAUCGACUUUCUCAAGGUCAUCACCAAACCGUUCACCUCACUCAUCAUCCAGAUUGAUAAAUCGGUGAUUACAGGCCUCGCUACGGGGAAGGUGAAAAGUGGCGACGAUCUCUCCAUUAUCAAACAUAUGUGCUGUGAUAAAAUGAAAAACGUCACUUCCACUCUCGUCAACGGAACGCUCGUGGAAACGGUCAAGACGGUCAAGGUCAACUGCGGAUACUGCAAGUUCAUGUUUGAGAGCGUGUCACGUGACGACGGAUGGAGUGACGCGGCCGUCGGCGGUGUCCUGCUGGCAAUUGCUCUCGCGCUCCUGUGUGUAUGCCUCGUCGCCAUCGUUAAACUGCUACACUCUCUGCUCCGUGGCCAGAUGGCGCACGUGAUCCGGAAAUUCAUUAACGCGGACUUUCCGGGGGCGUGUAGCUACUUCACGGGGUACCUGGCAAUUGCGGUAGGGGCGGGACUCACUAUGUUGGUCCAGUCAAGCUCCGUGUUCACCAGCUCAUUGACGCCCCUUGUCGGCAUCGGCGUCCUCUCCGUGGAGCGCAUGUACCCUCUCACCCUGGGGUCAAACAUUGGUACAACUGUCACCAGCAUUUUAGCAGCUUUUGCUCAAGAUUCAAAGAAUAUUCGCAGUUCCCUUCAAAUAGCAUUGUGUCACUUACUUUUUAAUAUAAGUGGCAUCCUUAUAUUCUUUCCUCUGCCAUUUUUCCGUCCGCCAAUCGCGGCCGCAAAGUUUCUCGGAAAUCAGACGGCAAAAUAUCGAUGGUUUGCGGUGAUGUAUCUCAUAUUUGCAUUCUUUUUGCUACCAGCUGCAGGAUUUGGACUCUCUGUAGUGAGCUGGAUUGCUCUCGCAGCUGUGUUCAUUCCUAUUGGAGUGAUCCUGCUCCUGGUUUUUAUUAUAAAAGUAAUUCAAAGGCGUUGUCCGACCUGCCUUCCGGUGAAACUACGGAACUGGAAAUGGCUUCCGGUCUACUGCCGGUCGCUGGAACCAAUGGACCGGGGUCUCGUGUGUGUGACCGGAAACUGUUUUUGCUGCCGGCGAUUAGGAUGCUGUGCGGCCCUCGUUGAGGCAGGUGACACCGAAAGUGAUGGCCACGUGGCCAUGGAGGAUACUAAUGGUAACCGCCCGGAGAAUGGUACCGUCGGCAACACUACAAAGCUAUGAUCUGCUCACAAAACGCGCAAACAGCAUUGAUUGUGUGAUGAAAUGGCACUUCGCUUCAGAGUGAUUUGUUUUAACACUAUUGGUCAUGUAAUUGGUUAUGUGAUGUGGCGUGAUUUUUUUCGGAUAUUUUUAUACAUGUCCUUUUUGAUCAAUUAAACGUUCAGGCUGGUUUAAAACGCAGAGCAAACAGAAGGUAGUCUUUUUCCUGGGAUUUUAAGCAAAUGUGAACCACAGUUGGUAACGAAAUGGGAACAAUGCGUGUCUACAAUGUCCAAGGGUGCCAUUAGUUGUAGAUUGGGAACACCCCGCUGACUACAAACUAAAUACUAUGACAUUGUGUUAAGAUAUAGGUUUACUUACAGCCGUGGGGUCAUUUCCUAGAACUCAUUUUUGACACGCCCAUGCGGUUUCAUAAUAAUACAUUUGCACAAUAAAAACGCAAAUAUCUCCACUUGUGUCAUAUAUGUUAUCAUGCUUUUAUGAUAUUAUAAGUAUGUUCUAUUUUUACAUAAUACUUACCAUUAAGUUUUCUACCAGUCAUUGCAUCAUCUACUUACAUGUAUAAACUACAUUAAACUGAGUGCAGAUGUGAAGAUGUACCUUUACAAAUGGCCACAAUUAUGAAGUAUUUCAAAAAUGUUGUUUGUCAGCUUUAAAUGUCAAGUGGCUAGGUACAUGAACGACCCAUGUAUAUCUUUGUACACUGUGUUUUAUCACUGGUUACAUUGACAACUUGUCCAAGUUUAUAUGCAAUAAAUAAUAAAGUACAAAACAUUUGA